AUGUUUAGGGAGUUUCUAUUUGCGGCACCCUUGCAUGGCAGAUCCCACCCGACUGCAUUAGCAGGGAUCGGGAUCAGCAACUCCAACGCAACCCUCCAGCGAUCCCCGGUCGUCAGCCGCCCGCCCCAGCCCAGCCUCGACGGUGCGACCCGCUGGAAGGCCGCCCUCCAACACACCCUCCGUCUGGCCCGACGAGCACCUCCACGCACUCACCGGCCGGGCUGCCACUGGACCACCCACAAGCCCACCGACCACCGCCUUCCACGCCCCAGCAAGACGCACACAAGCGUGCGUCAUCGGGAUGCUGCCCGCCCGGCCUCGCCACUAGCCCGCCCCGUCUCCCGUAAGUCGCCCCCACCAGUGCUGUCCGACUCCGGCCUCCCUCCCUGCGUCCUUUCUUUCUGUCGUGGGCUGGCUGCGGCCUUCGCUGCUGCAUGGGUGGCCAGGGCCGGUAUGCCCAACGACCAUCCCCCCCCCCCCCCCGGACCGUGCUUGCCGGUCCCUUUCCCAUCUCCACGCUGUGUCGGCCGGGCCGGGAGGAAGCCGCAUGCGCCCCCGGCGACCCGCCACGCCGACCGGCACAAGCAAAACGCUGGGCCGGCCGAGGCUGCGAGACCGACGCCAGUGCUUGUGGCCCGCAACGCCAGCAUCUCGACCAGCGCUACCCAAGAGGAUGGUGACCAUCACCACAUGUAUCCACCCCAGCAUGUCCUGCCUAUCCGAUGGCCUUCUUGGACCGAGACGGGCCUCGCUCGCCAGCUCUCGGUCGACCAAGGCCAGGCGUAA